UCCUCUGUUUAGCACAAGUACUGGUCAUGUGAGCGUGCUGUAAGUUUCUUUCAGGAAACAGAGAUUUUUCUUUCAUGAGAGUCUCCCAUGGUGACGAUCUCCUGCUCAGACAUGAGGCGCUCUGCUGUUAUAAUCCUGAUACUCAACGCCGCCAGCACCUUUUCACAAAUUGCCCAUGAAGUUGUCAUUAUUGUGGGCUGCUUUGAAAAUGGUACAACUGAGGUGCAGGCGGAAUUUGAUACUGAAGAGGUUUUGUACGUAGAUUUUGACAAACAAGAUAUGGUCUACACUGUGCCCCCAUAUCUCAUGAUGAACCCAAGAGAAACAUUUGGGGACGUAGCUGUUUACAAUAAUGCUAGGAAAGCCAAGAACACGUGUCCAGCAGUUGUUGCAUACUGCAAAGCAGAGGAGAAAAAUCCACCAGAAGUGACAGAUCCUCCUGAGACCAUCCUCUACUCUGAAGAAGAAGUUCAGCCGGGAGUAGAAAACAGCCUCAUCUGCUUUGUGAAUCAUUUCUACCCACCUUUCAUUGAAGUGAGCUGGACAAAAAACGGUCAGCCGGUGUCAGAGGGGGUGUCACUCAGUCGAUAUUAUCCCAAUGAGGACCAGACCUUCCACCAGUUCUCAACCCUGACGUUCACGCCGAGGGAGGGGGACAUUUACAGCUGCACUGUGGAGCAUGUAGCCCUGGAUAGACCUAAAACAAGAUUCUGGGAACCUGAAUUCAGUCAUCAAAGUGUUGGACUGGAUGUUUUCUGUGGAGUGGGCCUAAGUGUGGGUCUACUGGGAGUCGCAGUUGGAACAUUUUUAAUUGUCAAAGGACACCACAGACAAUAGUUUCUCAUUCUUAGAGAGAUUAGACACAUGAAAUUGAUGAUAAUUGUACAUGUGGAUUUUACAUGAACACAGUAAUAUAACUUCUAUGAAGACAUAUUUCAUGUAAUUACAGAUGUGUUUUACUGCAUUGUCAUUCAUUAUCUAUAACCCUAACCCUACAACACAAUUGUUAAUAAUAAAAUAAAAUAAAUUAACACACUGCUUAUGAAAUGCUUUUGUUAAAUAGGAGGACUAGAGUAAAGUGUUGUCACUUAAACUGAACCAUGCACCAUCAUAAGAUACUACAAGCAAAGGUCUGCAGCUUCUGGAUAUACAACAGUGCUGUCUAGUCAAAUAUCAGGAAAACAGACAUCUACAUUUUAUCAUAAGAAGUGUUUUACAUCAACUAUGUAAUUUCUUUGUGUUUCAGUUUGCCCUCUAGGUUAUUGCACUGUUAUGUAUUCAAAUAUAACCAUGGAGCAUCAUGUCUAUUUAUUAUUACUUGUAAAUUUGUUAUCUGUAAUGAAUGUUGAGGUUUUACUUAUACAUUCAUACAUUUUUUUUAAUUGUGUAUAAAAUGUAUUGACAUAGAGUCUUCUACUGUAAAAAGCAGUGGUGGAAUGUAACUAAGUACAUUUUCUCAAAUACUGGGAAGUCAAGUAAAAUUGCUUUUACGCAUAAACAUACUUAACCAUGAAAAGUGAUUUUGAUUCUUUAUUGUGCUUCAGUACAAUUUUAAGGGACUUGUACUUUACAUGUGUAUUUACAUUUUCUGCUUCUCUAUAUUUCUACUGCACCACAUUUCAGAGUGAAGUAUGACACUUUUUUCUCUGAUACCUUUAACUGACAACAACCAUAUUAUUUUACAGAUUAAACUUUGCAUACAAACAUAAGAUGAUUGUAUAAAAUAUGAUACAAUGCUAAAGAUUAAUUAUGACAUUUUUCUGACACUUACCUUCUUUUAAUCAGUUACCAUCCUGCACACAGGACUUUUGUAUGUAAUGAUGGAUGGGGGCGUGGGGGGUUUCCCACCAAAAAGUGAAAAUGUGCUUUUGUGUUAAAUACAAAUCCCUGAUUGUGAUGUCUUAACACCUGCUACUCAGUGAACCUGAGAAAAACCUGCAGUAAAAACGUUUUUUUCCCCUCUGGCAACAAAUCUGUGAGAUCCAUUAUUCAUGUAAUUCUGAAUUU